AUGGGCAAGUUGUUCAAGUCGUACCUUUCGGGGCCUGGAGUCUACAAGUGCCACAGCUGCGACACGCACCUCGCCAAGCACGGCGACAUCAUCUCAAAGGCAUUUCAAAGUCGAAGCGGGAAGGCCUACUUAUUCGACAAGGUGGUCAACGUUACCAGCGGACCCAAGGAGGACCGGAUUCUGAUCACGGGGCUGCACACGGUGGCGGACGUGUUCUGCAGCGAUUGCCAGGCCUACGUCGGGUGGAAGUACGAGGAGGCCUUCGAGGAGAGCCAGAAGUACAAGGAGGGCAAGUUCAUCCUCGAGAAGGCCAAGAUCGUCAAGAAGUCCUACAGCGAAUGA